UGCUACUGUUGUUUACAGCAUGGGCGAUUCCAGCGUGUGAGAUUUGAUUAUUGAAAACCCCUCCGUCCAAACCCCAACGUCCUCAUUUCUAAGAAGAUAGUGGUGUGAAAUAAUAAUAAUAUUUAGCAAAUUCACAGGGGAACACACACAGUCACCGUCGGCGUUUGGCUUAGGGCUGCCGAGUAUAACAGGGCGUGACCUGAGAUCAUAAAAACUUCUCCAUCAACACAAAAAAAAAAGCCAUGUGGCGGAGACUUGUUUCUUCCUCCCACCUCAAAACCCUAGGCCGAUUGACUGCUCCGCCUCCUUGCAGAUCCGCUUCCGGACCCGCCCGAUUGCUCCGCCCUCCACCCCUUUCUGCUUCUGCUUCUCACUUUCUCCGCAACUUCAGCGACUCCGAUUCAGGUGUUGUAGGGAACACUGCUGUGAAGAAGAAGGUUGAGGAUGUAAUGCCCAUUGCCACUGGCCACGAGCGAGAGGAACUUGAGGCUGCACUUGAGGGAAGGGAUAUAUUGGAAAUUGAUCAUCCCGUCGGUCCUUUUGGCACCAAGGAAGCUCCUGCAGUUGUGAAGUCCUAUUAUGACAAGAGAAUAGUUGGAUGCCCUGGUGGUGAAGGCGAUGAUGAGCAUGAUGUCGUCUGGUUUUGGCUGGAGAAAGGCAAGCCACAUGAAUGCCCAGUCUGCUCACAAUAUUUUGUGCUUGAAGUUGUGGGACCUGGAGGAUCUCCUGAUGGACAUGAUGAUGAUCAUGAGCAUCAUUGAUCAAUUAACGUGCAAAGUAUCUUGCUGGAAUAAAGUCUAGGAAGAUGAAGAGACAGUUUCCAGUAUACACUGAAAAUUUAAUUCAAAAGCUUUGUGUUUUUGUUUGAUUUUGAUCGGUCAUAGUUUUUCAUGCUGUUGCUUUGGCAACAUUUGAGAUAGAAUCUUCCCUGUGGUAAUCUAGACACAGGUUGGUCAUCUGUUGGACUAUGGAUCUUGUUAGGAUGUCUUUUUUUAUGCCUUGCCAAAUAAUUGAUGGCUACUGCUUGAUUCUUUA